AUGAGCUACUAUAUAUCAGCUGCUUUGUCACGUGGAUGGUUUGGAUCUGCAAGAACUUUAGACUCAAUUUAUGAAUACGCCAAUAACCAAAUUCAUUGCAGUGGUAAAAUACACAAGCAAUUCGUUAAACAGUAUUUACGAGAUCGCAAUGAACAAUAUCUUCAUUAUGAAGACAUCUAA